AUGUCUGAAGAUAUUUUGAAUUUUAAAAGGGCACUAUACAAGGAGUUAGGCGAUAAUUUAUCUGCGACGAUAAACUUUUCCCCAUGGGCAAAUCUUCUGGCUUUCGAUGUAAUAGCGAACUUUGUGUUUGGAGAAGCCUUUGGGUUUUUAUCUGUCGGAUCUGAUUUUCUCAAUCUGAUUCCUACUUUGGAUGGCCGAAUGCGCUGCAUUAACGCACUCGGCACACUUCCAGGAUGGCUUCGGCCAGUUAUUCAGUACCUACCAGACUCAUUCUGGACUCAAAAAUCAGCUUUGAGCCUCCAGAUGCUCGCGAAGAAUGCAUUUAAUAGAAGGAAGUGUGCUGGCGCAAACCAUCGUAAGGAUAUGCUUGCUUCCCUCUUGACAGCUAAAUCGGAAGAUGGAAAACCAUUACCGGAAGAAAGCAUCAUUGCAGAAGCGGCAAGCUUUAUUUCCGGAGGGAGUGACUCCACUUCUACAACAUUGACACAUUUUGUUGACCUAGUCUCACGUAAUGAUUCCGUGCGACUAAGGCUGCAGGACGAAUUGGACAAAGCAUUCCCCAACUGCGAGGAAAAUUGGGUACCAGAGGGUGAUAUAACCGGAAAACUGCCGUAUCUUCAAGCUACGCUUAGAGAGGUGAUGCGAGUAAGGCCCGCAAGUGCAUCCGGCCUGGAGAGAAUUGUCACAGAACAGCCACUGGAUAUUUCCGGCUUCAAGCUUCCUCCUGGGACGCUUAUAAGUGCCCCUACUUACACUGUGCAUAGAAAUGAAUCUAUUUUCAAAGCAAACGAAUUGUUGUUAAUGAUUUGUCAGGAUCCCGGGAAGUUUGACCCGGACCGAUGGCUAGGAAACACGGUUAUGGAGUUGAACAAGGCAUUUGCCCCUUUUAGCAUAGGACCUCGCGGGUGUAUGGGUAAGAGUUUUGCCUGGAUGGAGCUUACCAAGACCAUUGCCAUGCUUUUCCGGAUCUUUGAUAUCGCAAGAGCUUGGAAUGAAUCUACUGCAUUACGAGAAGGGUUUUUCUUGAAGUGUGAGGAAUGCUAUGUUGUGAUAAAAAGAAGGUGA